UUCCCCACCGGUUAAUUUGAGACAAGAAGUCUGCCCUCGUUAUCGUUUGAGAUUAUACUGAGCUUCUUACGGACCCACUGUUUUCCUCCAAUUGCAUAGCAGGUAUGAUUUGCGAGUAUUAAAUCAGAUGUAAGAAAAAUAUUUUUAUGAUGAAGUUGCGGCCACAUAGAUCACAUGUGGACCAACCAACCCUUUCCCCCAUUCCUGUUUGUCGUAAGCCCAAACCCGCACGCUCCAAAUAGCCUGCCUUUCUCUCCGUGCGGGUCGCGGAUCCUCUCUCUCUCUCUCUCCGGUCUUUGCACACUGUAUUUGGUCGCUUCCUCCGCCCUCGAACGCCAGAAAACAUCAAUUGGAGCUGCGAAUUCGAUCUCGCCUUCCUUCGCUUUGCACCCGCGGCGCCCGGAUUCGAGCCCGGCCGUCGAAACCCUAGCGCGCCCCCCCUCCGCCCCACACUUUGGGCGCCGGAGCGGAGGGCGAUGGCGGCGGAACUGGGGCAGCAGACGGUGGAGUUCUCCGCCCUUGUGCGACGAGCCGCGGAGGAUUCCUACCUCGCCCUCAAAGAGCUGGUGGAGCGGUCCCGGGCGCCGGAGGACCAGCGAUCCGACUCCGAGAAGAAGAUAGACCUCCUCAAGUUCAUCGCCAAGACUCGGCAGCGGAUGCUCCACCUCCAUGUGCUCGCCAAGUGGUGCCGACAGGUACCAUUGAUUCAGUAUUGCCAACAACUUGCAGCAACACUUUCCAGCCAUGAUACUUGUUUUACCCAAACAGCAGAUUCAUUAUUUUACAUGCAUGAAGGACUGCAGCAUGCACGUGCUCCUAUAUUUGAUGUUCCAUCUGCUAUUGAAAUACUCCUCUCAGGAGGAUAUAAACGGCUGCCAAAAUGUAUAGAAGAUUUGGUUAUUCAGAGUACACUGCCUGAGGAUGAACAAAAGCCCACUUUAAAGAAGUUGGAUACAAUCCUCCGAUCCAAACUGUUGGAGGUUGUACUUCCUAAAGAAAUUAGUGAGGUAACUAUUUCUGAUGGUAUUGCUGUUCUUCGUGUGGAUGGGGAGUUUAAGGUUUUCCUUACCUUGGGUUACCGUGGUCAUCUGUCAUUGUGGAGGAUACUUCACAUAGAGUUGCUUGUUGGGGAGAAGAGUGGAACUAUUAAACUUGAAGAGACACGAAGAUAUGCUCUUGGGGAUGAUCUCGAGCGCCGAAUGGCUGCAACCGAAAAUCCUUUUUUAAUUUUAUACACAGUUCUCCAUGAACUGUGUGUUGCCCUUGUUAUGGACACUGUACUAAGGCAAGUUCAGGUACUACGUCAAUGUAGGUGGAAGGAUGCAAUACGCUUUGAGCUUAUCUCUGAUGGCACUGCAGCACAAGGAGCAAAUACUAGUGCUUUGCAACUGGCCCAAGACGGUGAACUCGAUUCAACUGGCCUAAAAACUCCUGGUUUGAAAAUCAUUUAUUGGUUAGAUGCUGACAAAAAUGCCGGGGGAUCUGAUUUUAGUUCACGUCCAUUUCUCAAACUUGAACCAGGGAAAGAUACACAGAUUAAGUGUCUACAUAAUUCCUUUGUAUUAGACCCACUUACUGGCAAGGAAGCUAUUUUUUCACUCGAUCAAAGUUGCAUUGAUCUUGAGAAACUCCUGCUAAAAGCUAUUGCAUGCAAUAUACACACCCGUCUGUUUGAAAUCCAGAGGGAGUUGAGUAAAAGUGUUAACAUUUGUCGAGGUACAUGUGAUGUUGUACUGAAGAAUGAUGGAAGUAUGGUAGCAGAUCUAAGAAAGAAGGAUGAAAACUCUAGUAUUGAGGAUUAUUUUGGGGAUGAAGUACUAAAAGUGCGAGCUUGUGGGAUGUCAUUUAUUACACUUGGAAUAAAUAUCCGCGAAUGUCAAAAUCAAUCAAAAUGGUUUCUAAAGGUGUGAUGAAGGAACACCUUCUGCUUGUUGCAAACAGCAUGACUUGCACUGGAAAACUUAUCGGUUUCAACACUGGUGGUUAUAAGGCGCUCUUUCGUUCUUUCAAAGUUGAAGUACCAUUUACUGAAGCCACUUUAUUUACACCAAUGAAAUGCUUUGAAAGAGCUGCUGAGAAGCGUCAGGUUGAUUCAUUAGCCAGUGUGGUUUCAUCCUGUUCAUGGGGCAAAAAUGUGGCUAUUGGGACUGGUGCACACCAUUCCAGAUUCUUUGGGAUAAGAAACAGAUGGCAAUGAACAAAGAUAUUGGAAAAGGAGUCUAUGACUUUCUGGAGUUAUCAAGGGAGACAUCCAGUGGAGAAGCAACUGGCAGAUAUCUAGCAGAUGUUGAUGAAAUGGCAGAAGAAAAUGGAAUUUGUCUAUCACCUGACCUCGAUGGAUGUAUGACUUUUGAUGAUGUUGAGUACAACUUUCAGAAAAGGAUUGGCCUGGUAAAUGGAAAAUCUGGCGAGUCUAGCUGGGAAGUGGAUCCAGUUUCGGUCAAGUCAGGUAACCGGGAGGGAUGGGGAGAUAAAGAAUCAACUCAUGUGGACAACUGUGAAUCCCCAGCAACCAAACAUAAUGUUUGGUCUAGUUGGGAUUCCAUCCAAGUGAAACAAAAGACUGUUGAAUCUGAGAAUCUGGCAGGUGAUACUGUACCUGGUGAAGAUAUGGAUGCACAGAAACAUUCUGGCACAGCAGAUGAGUCUGUUGCAUGGGGGAAAUGGACGGCAGACGGGAACUCAACUGCCUGGGACAAAUUGUCUCACAGGAAUUGUUGGAAUGAGGCAAGCAAGACCAAGGUGGAUUUGAAACAUGGUGAUGAGAGAGAUUAGUUGAGAAAGAGGUGAACAGGAGAAGGGAAGGGAAACAUAGGUUCAACAGCCACAACCUAAGUUCCUCAACUUGUUUUCCAAUAGGCUUGGCUAAUGAAAGGAUACACUACAUCUGUUAUGUAUUAAAGCAUCAGUAACUUACCUGGCAUUGACAUUUGAAAAGCACCCACAACUGCUCUAAAUAAGUCAUCAAUAACUUAUCUGAUGGGCUUUUCUGAAAAGGAAGCAUAAGUGUUCUAAACAAGGUUUAAACUAGAACAAUUUAAAUGUAUCUCUAAAGGCUUAAAUUUAUUUAUUGGUCUCA